GAUCUAGACUUGGGGGCUUUCAGCUACACCAAAGAAAGGAAGCUGUCCAUGUUGCCUCUUGAAUCAUAGACGGUAUGCGGCGUGCCUACUAGAUACAGUACCUAGUAGUAGACAGAUAAUGCUAUCGGUCAGCCCCGCUGUAUUCCCAUAUCCAUCUACGGAGUUCGCUUUAGCUAGAAAUGCGCGGCGUUGGUUAUAAACGAGAUGAUAAAAUUUUUUGACACCUGGUGUUUAAACGUCGAGUCUUACAUCUCAGCAGCAUUCAAAGUUAUUAAAGAUUACCUAUAUACCUACUUACAUACCUACAUAUGUAUCUGCUUGGAUUCCAUUCUACUUUAUCUUAGGUAAAUACUACCUAAGAUAUAAUUGCGCGCGAUAUACUAGGUACCUUUUGAUUCUUGGUGGCAUCACUACCUAGAUUAGUACCUAGGUAGUAAUUAAUUCACCUAGGUACACUCGUACUUCAGGCUCAUACAGGAUCGUCAUAAUCGAGAUAUAUAAUAUUUGAGCAGUCUCCUAUUUAGAAGUCGUCGUUAGUAUCGCCGCCGCCUCUUUUUCCUAUAACAUACAUACGACCCACUACAAGAUGGAUGAAGAUCAGGGUCCGUCCCAAAUUGUGCCACAGCAUGAACUGAAGAAGACUAUGGGCGAUCGAUUAAAUGGCCUCAAGAAAGUAUUCUUCACGAGACAAGGUAUGCUGGGCGAUUACGACUAUGUCUUCCUUCUACGGCCCAAUCUACCAUUCAUGAAGAAGUCUCGACAAGCUUCACCUUUCUUUGGCCUCAAUGAUAAGAUGCCUGUCGUUCUGGCACUUCUCCUCGGUCUCCAACAUGCUUUGGCCAUGCUUGCUGGGAUUAUCACGCCUCCCAUUAUCAUGUCAUCCGGAGUUAACCUACCUGCGGAGUUACAGCAGUAUCUGGUCUCAACCGCCCUGAUUGUUUCCGGCAUUCUCUCCAUGAUUCAGAUCACCAGAUUUCAUAUAUACGGGACCCCAUAUUACCUCGGGACCGGGCUCAUCUCAGUUGUCGGUAUAUCAUUUUCUAUAAUCUCGGUGGCGUCGGGUGCCUUUGCACAAAUGUACGCGAACGGGAUGUGUCCGACAGAUGCAGAUGGUACCAAAUUGCCUUGUCCGGACGCUUACGGAGCACUUCUUGGAACUGCAGCAGUGUGUGCUCUUAUCGAAGUUCUCAUCGCCUUCAUACCGCCGAAAAUCAUGCUUAAAAUAUUCCCUCCUAUCGUCACCGGCCCGACGGUGAUGUUAAUUGGCAUUAGCCUCAUUGAGACAGGCUUCAAAAACUGGGCUGGUGGUAGCGGGUCUUGCUCAGAUGCCACACACACGGCGUUCUAUGACGUGUGCCCAAACGUUGGUGCUCCUCACGCUCUACCUUGGGGCUCGCCGGAGUAUCUAGGGCUUGGAUUUUUGGUAUUUCUCACCAUCAUAUUAUGCGAACGUUUCGGCGCUCCGAUAAUGAAGUCUACAAGUGUCAUUGUCGGUCUACUUGUAGGUUGUAUCGUCGCCGCAGCGACAGGCUACUUUGAUCGUUCGGGGAUCGACGCCGCUCCGGUCGCAUCUUUCAUAUGGGUUCACACAUUCAAGCUUACAGUGUAUGGACCUCUCGUGCUACCGGUGCUGGCGGUAUUCAUAAUCUGCGCAUGUGAAGCCAUCGGAGAUAUUACGGCCACGUGUGAUGUCUCCCGCCUCGAGGUAGAAGGCAGCACGUAUGAGUCCCGCAUUCAGGGUGGCGUGUUAGCCGACGGGAUAAACGGCAUUCUCGCCGCUCUAAUGACCAUCACACCCAUGUCCACGUUUGCGCAGAACAACGGAGUGAUCGCUCUCACACGUUGCGCAAACCGCACGGCCGGGUACUGUUGCUGUUUCUUCUUGAUCAUAAUGGGCAUAUUCGCAAAAUUUGCGGCUGCUCUUGUUGCUAUCCCAUCACCUGUUCUUGGUGGAAUGACUACAUUUUUAUUCUGCUCCGUGGCUGUUUCCGGCAUCGCCAUUAUAGCACGUGGAGUUCCCUUCAAUCGCCGAAACCGAUUUAUCUUGACGGCUGGUUUAUCCAUUGGAUAUGGAGCUACCCUUGUCCCGACCUACUUUAGUAACGUCUUUAGUUACAGCGGUGAUAACAAGAGUCUCCAGGGAUUCUUAGAUGCAAUUGUAUUAGUGAUGGAAACUGGUUUCACAGUUACGGCUUUCAUCUGCGUGAUCCUCAACUUGACGUUAGAGGAAGAGAUCGAAGAGACCGACGAAAAGCUAAUCGUUCCCGAGGAAGCGGUAGUAACGACGACGACGAAGCAUACGCCGAACAAUGCACAAAGUUUUGAUAGUAGUAGAGUUCCCUCGGGCCAUGAAAAACAGGUGUAGUAAGUGUAUGUGAAUAAUUGGAUAGUAAGAGGUACAUACAUUUAUAAUACUAGGGCUACAUAUAGGUAGCUACCUAGUAGGUACUUAGUGUUAAUUCAUGAGCACUUACACUUACCUGCCUACUAGGUAGAUAGGUAUAUGUUGUAUUGUUCUACCUGCACAAUGCAGUUCGUAUUUUCCUCAGUACUAUGUAUAAUAUAUUGUAUAGAAUUACCUAGGUAGAU